CGGCGCCCUGGAGCCAGCCGUUAGCAACCUGCCUGGCUACGGUCUCCCGGUCGCUGCCGCCCCCCGCCGGCUCCUCCUUUCCAAUCCUGCGCUGCCGGCGCUGGGCCGGGCCGGGGGAAGGACCCAAGGGGACCCAGCGUGUCCCCACGGCGGCUGCAAGAGGACUAAGCAUGGAUGGCAGCCGGAGAGAGCAACCUCUGUCCUUCCCAGAUAUGGUCCACCAUGCCUAUUUAAAGGACACUUGAGCACCAAAAGUAAUGCUUUUUGCACUGACUCCUCUUCUCUCAGACUAAGCACUCUCCAGUUGGUCAAGAAUCACAUGGCUGUUCACUAUAAUAAAAUCCUUUCAGCCAAAGCUGCAGUUGACUGCUCAAUUCCAGUAAGCAUGAGUGCCAGCAUCAAAUAUGCAGACCAACAACGAAGAGAAAAACUCAAGAAAGAAUUAGCACGAUGUGAAAAAGAGUUCAGAUUAACUAAAACUGCAAUGCAGGCCAAUUCUAAAAAUAAAUCCAAGUCAUUAUUUAACACCCUACAAAAGCCCUCAGGGGAACCACAAGACAAGGAUGUGCUAAUAGAGGAAGUGAAUGGAUUUCCAUCCUUUCCAAGGUCACUAGUACCUUCUUCAGAGAUACUGCACCUCAGUCUGCCGAAGUCUGAGAAAGUGCUCGCGAACGGUGCUGAGAAGAACAGUUCGUCUCUGUCCAGCGUGGAAUACGCAGCACCCAGGCCCAGGAGACUAUGCUCUGGAACCAUGUAUGGCAGAAGGCCCGGCACCACAUGCCCGAAUUCCCACCGGUUUCAGUUAGUCAUUUCAAAAGCACCAAGUGGAGAUCUUUUGGAUAAACAUUCUGCACUCUUUUCUAACAAACAGUUACCGUUCACUCCGCGCACUUUAAAAACUGAAGCUAAAUCUUUCCUGUCACAGUAUCGCUAUUACACACCUGCGAAAAGAAAAAAGGAUUUUACAGAUCAACGGACUGAAGCUGAAACCCAGACUGAAUUAAGCAGCUUUAAAUCUGAUUUUGGAACAGCUGAGAUUAAGAACUUGACAGAUUCAGAAGUAAAUGGAAUACAGGUAUCUAGUUGCGUGACAUAUAAUACCAAAGAAAUAGUACCUUUACCUUUAGAAGACCAUGGCUUAACGUGGGAUGAGCUUAAAGAAGGUACUCUUCAGCUUUCCUCCCCAAGGACAGUACGUCAUUCUUCCCUGCAGUCUCCAUCAGGAAGUAAACUCUACUCUGAUGAAGAAGAAUUACUAUAUCUGAGUUUCAUUGAAGAUAUAACAGAUGAAAUUUUGAAACUUGGCUUAUUUUCAAACAGGUUUUUAGAACGACUGUUUGAGCGACACAUAAAUCAAAAUAAGCAUCAUUUGGAGGAGGCAAAAAUGCGUCACUUGCUGCAUGUCCUGAAGGUAGAUUUAGGCUGCACAUCUGAGGAAAACUCAGCAAAGCUAAGUGAUGCUGGUAUGUUGAAUUUCCUGGAUUUUGAAGAGACUGGGAAUACAGAACAAGAUGAAGUUAAAAAUGAGCAUGAAGUAACAAUUCAACAGGAACGUCAAGAAUACCGAAAGGCUUUGGAUAUGUUAUUAUCUGCACCAAAGGAUGAAAAUGAGAUACUCUCUUCACCAAAUGAAUUUUUCAUGCCCAUCUACAAGUCAAAGUAUUCAGAAGGGGUUAUAAUUCAACAGGUGAAUGAUGAAACAAAGCUUGAACCCUCAAUUUGGGAUGAAAACAAUCCAAGCAUUUCAGACAGUGUAAUAGACCAGGAAACAUCUGUGAAUGUCAUUGAAGGUGACAGUGACACUGAAAAGGUUGAAACUUCUAAUGCAUUAUGUUGUCUUAGCACAUCACUAACCGAAUCUGUUCAGUUGCCCAGUGAGAAUGGUGACAGUAAUCAUGACUUGGAAUUACCAGCUCUUAAAAUCAUGGACAUGAGCAUUAAGGACUGCCUUUUGGAUGUUUGAUCUUCACUAAUAAAUACCUCAAAUGACCAGUAA